UGGGAAACUAAACCCCACCGCCAAUAGAUAUGCAACCACACCGCAAUACAUCCCUGCACACGCACACACGUGAUCACUCCUCUCCUUCUCCACCUCCAAUUACUCAAAUAAUAAUAAUAUUUCAGAGAGCAUCUCAGUUCAAAUAUACUUCCACAGCAUCAGAUUCUCAUUCCAUAUCCAUAACAAUCGUCAUCCUACACUCGUCACCCCGUACUUAUAGAGAGAGAAAGUCUAGAGAGAGAGAAUUAUCCAGAGCAUCUAGAGAGAGAAAUGUCGUCGUCUUUGGGGGUGGAGUAUGCUUCGGAGGAAAGUAACCGCCACGAAGAUGUGGAUCAAUGGCUCCAGUUGCUCCGUACGAGUUGUGAUCCGACGGCUACAAACCUCUCUCUUCCAGCUGAUGCUUUUCUAAGAGCCGCCAUCUCCCUCAAAGAUCAGGUGGUGGAAAUGACUUGGAGAAGACGAGGGGGAAAGGGCAGUUUGGACCCGACGGUGUAUACCGGUUUGAUGGGGACGGCGUUCACGUGCUUGCGGUCGUAUGAGGCCACCGGCGACCACCGCGAUUUGCGGCUGUGCGCCGAAAUUGUUGACGCCUGCGCCGCCGCUACUCAUAUCUCCAACAGACAUGUUACUUUUCUUUGCGGUAGAGGAGGGGUUUAUGCGCUCGGUGCCAUUACUGCAAAUUACUGUGGGGAUCAAACGAAGCGUGAUUUCUAUUUAGACCGAUUUCUUGAGAUGGCACGAGAGAAAGCUCUCCCAGUGGGACCCGAAGAGGGAGGAUUCGGAAUGUCAUACGAUCUUCUAUACGGGCGGGCCGGGUUUCUUUGGGCCGCCUCAUUUCUGAACAAACACUUUGGAGGUCAAGAGAUAAUCCCAAACGAUGUUAUCACCCCCGUUGUGGAUGCCGUGCUGGCGGGUGGCAGAGCUGGCGCUUCUGUAAAUACAGCAUGCCCGUUAAUGUACAGGUGGCACGGGACUCCAUAUUGGGGUGCGGCCCACGGCCUUGCCGGCAUUUUACACGUCUUGCUUCAUUUUCCACUGCGUGGGGACCACGUUGAGGAUGUUAAAGCCACCUUGAGGUACAUGAUGAGUAAGAGGGACCCACAAAGUGGGAAUUAUCCGGUGAGUGAAGGACACACGAGGGAUGAGCUUGUGCAGUGGUCUCACGGAGCUGGUGGAUUAGCCAUUACCCUGUGCAAGGCAUCUCAGGUAUUUCCAAACGAUAGAGAAUUUCGCGAUGCAGCAAUUGAAGCGGGAGAAGUCGUGUGGAAGAGUGGAUUGGUGAAGAAGGUAGGUUUGGCGGAUGGAACUGCCGGAAAUGCUUACGCUUUGCUGUCACUUCUCCGCCUGACCGGAGAGAGAGUGUACGAAGAAAGAGCUGAGUCGUUUGCUAGCUACUUGUACCAUAGUGCUCGGAAAAUCAUGGCCGGAGGGGAAUAUUCCGGGGCAUCGGAGGAUCUCGAUUAUUCUCUCUUCCAAGGAUUUGCGGGUUCUGCUUGCCUUUUUUUCGAUUUGCUCAAGCCCGAGAACUCCCGAUUCCCAGGGUAUGAAAUCUAGACUGCUACUGUAUGUUUGAUGGUAACUGUCUGAGUGUUGUGCAAUGAAAUGAAAAAUGUAAAUAAUAGGAUUUUACGAUUUUAUAAUUUCUUAAAAUUUUAAAGUAAAAUCCUUCAAAAUUGGGAGUAAAAUCCUUAGGUCUUGUUCG